CCUCUUCAUUUCACCGAACUUUCGCCGGAUUUCUCAUUUUCUCUGAAUUAAAUUCCCUCUUUUAGCUUUCUCUCCGUCAUUUUCCGGGGAAAAAAGAAGCUUAAAGUUAUGAGGAAAAUUUUGGCUCAAAGCGGCAGACCUUCCCGGAAAAUGGCGAAAGUAGAACCGCCAGACAACGGCGCAGAGAUUAGAAGAAACGAAGCUGAAAGCCAGUCGGCGUCGAGUCAACAGAACGAUGUGGAGCGGAGACUUCUCAGAUCCAAAUACCUUCAAGUUAUUAACAAAAUCAACGAUAUAAAGGAUGAUAUCUCUAGUGCGGAUUCGGAUAAGUUUAACACUAUCAUCAACGAAGUGGAGAAUUUACAUCAAUAUGUGAACAAGCCAAGGGAACAAGUUGCGGAUGCAUCUGCGCUUUUAGACAUUACUAAUACACUGGUGACAUCGGUUAAGUCACAGUCCAACCAGGGAAUUAGUUUGGCAGAAUUCAUCACUUGUAUGAUUACAGAUUUUGGAAAAUCCAGUAUGACAUUAGCCUCUGAGGAGAAUGAACUGGUAUCAAUUAAUUGGCAAGAUCUAGGGCUGCAAGUUUCCCCUAUACUGAGAAUGUGCAAGGGGGUUUGCACAAUGCUUGGACCCAUGAACACUGAGAUAAAGUUAAGAAAACCUGUGGUUCAAAGAAAGCGUGCUGCAAGGCCAACUCAGACAGCUCAGCCUGAAGAGAUAAAUGAUGCCAGUGCUGAUGAGAAAACAGAUACUGACAAAAAUAUGGCUAUAAUGUUUGGGGUCUUGAGGAGAAAGAAGCAGGUGAAACUUGAAAAUCUGAUACUGAACAGAGAGUCUUUUGCGCAGACUGUGGAGAAUCUAUUUGCUCUGUCAUUUUUAGUCAAAGAUGGACGGGCUGAAAUGAGUGUGGAUGAAUCCGGUUGUCAUUUUGUUUCACCCAAGAAUGCUCCAGCUGCACGCUCUGUGAUGUCGGGUGAGGCAGCUUACAGUCAUUUUGUAUUUCGACUUGACUUCAAGGAUUGGAAGAUCAUGUCUGAUGUUGUGCCUUUGGGUGAGGAGGUGAUGCCACACAGGGAAGUUUCUGAGGCAAUUGCUUCCCAAACUCAAUCAGACCACUCACAACGAUUGCCUAAAACACCAAUCAGGAAAUCACCUGGGAAUACGGACCUCCCUGAAGAAGAUACUGUUGUAGAAGAUUCACCUGAAAUUGAUGAUGCUACGCAAAGCUUAGGCAUCCGGAGGUGCAGGCGUAAGCUUAAUUGAUAAAAUUCUUGAAGAUUCCAUUCAUUACCAUUUUGCAUUCCGUGGUGAACAAUGAAAACUGUAAAAAGUGUAGGAAAACCCAAAGCUGCUAGUUUUGUUAGGUUAUCAUAGCAUAUUAAUUAUCAACCAUCUACCAUCUGUUUUUACACGCUGCAAGAUUGUUUGUCUUUCUCCCACUAACCGUAGUAAAUAUUGUAUGAGUUAAUGUACUUAAUGAAUUUGGUUACUACGU